AUGUCGAGGGCGGCGAGCUUCGGUGAGCUUCGGGCUGCGAUCGGAGGCUCGGGGCAGGGCGCAGAUGGACGUCGGGCUAAAGGGGAGCUUGGGCAAUGGGGGAACGGCUGGGCGAACGGCAUCGGGGAUGAGAUGGCGAUGUCGGAGGGCGGAGGGAUCUGCCAAGCUCGAGCUCGAGGGGGGCUGAGAUCGGAGAGGACGGCAUGCUCGAAGGCGGAGUGUUCCCCAUCGCUCUCUUUCCUCCAAUCAUCGCCGACCAAUUCUCGACCCAGAUCGUCGAUAAACCAACAUCAUGUCCGCGAUCGGAGAGAUCCAGCGGAAGAGGAUCGCGGCAACGCUUCAGGCGAUCUGCGCUGCGAAGUACGUGAAUUGAAGGGCCUGUUCAUGGGCUCUGUGGGGGCGGCGCUCAACAGAUUUGCAUUGAAAAGCUUGGGAAUAACCCAUGUUUUGAUUGUGGCUAAAUCGCUUGAUCCUGCUUUUCCCAAUGAUUUCAUUUAUAAGAAAAUCGAAGUGCUUGACACCGAAGAAACAAACUUAAGUGAGCAUUUUGAUGAGUGCUUUGAUUUUAUCAAUGAAGCAAAACAAAGCGGUGGUGGAGUGCUAGUACACUGUUUUGCAGGGAGAUCAAGAAGUGGAACGAUUGUUGUUGCUUAUUUGAUGAAGCAGCAUAGGAUGAGCCGGUCUCAAGCUCUGGAACUUGUGAGGAGUAAACGACCACAAGUUCAACCAAAUUUGGGUUUUGUGCUUCAACUGAUAAACUUCGAGAAAUCUCUUGGAGUGCUUCAAGACAACUCCGGCUAAAGGACUGCAAGCUUAAUAUGCACAAAUAAUGCUCCGUAAAUAUUUCCAAGAACUCUCCUUCCCUUUGGCAAAUAAGUUUUGAGUAAGCUUCCAAUAAGGAACUCUCAGAAAUCAAAGCAACUGCUCAACUGUAAAAACAUAGCUGAUGGAGGGUAAUGCGAGCAAACUCGAUUGUAGAAACAUGCUGAUUUGGUUGUAGAAACAUGAUUGAACGCAAAAUGUAGGGUUUUUUUUCUUAUUCCUUCUUUGUCCAUUAUAUUUGUGUAAUAGAAAAUUUUCUCAACAACAUGCUGUAUUGUUGGCUCUUUGGUUUUUCUUUAGUUUUCAUUGGGGGCAGAGACGCUGCCAUGAAGUAAUAUUAUAAAUCAAGGAGACAUUCUUUGGUAAUAAUUUUCAACAGAGGUCCAGACUAGGUCUCACUUCAGUUCCAGCAAGCUGAGGUGGUAAAGAGGGGGCAUGAAGAACAAAUCUCGACGGAAAUUCAUUUGUUUUUCAAUAUUGCGAUUCUGUGAAAACUUAUUUUGACGUGAUAAUGUAAAACUUGUAUAUUUUCCGCAGACUUGAGUGCAUUCGGAUGUGUUAAAUAACCACCGAAGGAAUUUCAUGAACAGCUGAAUCUGUUACUUCAA